CGAAGGAUAAUUGGUACAGGCGCCACUAUGGGGCCCGGUCAAAGUCAUAAUUUUGCACGUACUAGCGUAGUUUUCGUAAUUAUUGGCUAUGUUGCGGCUCAAACUUAUUUUGAAGAGCUAUUCAUCUUAUUUUCAGAACAUCAUCACAAUCAAAUUAAAACUCCAUCGGUACAUCUCAAAGAAAUACCGAACCAUUUCGACGUCAAAGGGGAAAACGCUAUACCAACAUUCUACAAGUAUCUAAACGAUAUCCAAGACCUGGCUUCAAAGAAAAACAUGUCUAUUGUCUACAGAGUCAAAGUGGACACCUUGAUUAAAAACAAGCACAAAAAUCCAAAGCAUCGAACGAAUAAGAAAACCAAGAAGUUUAAUAUUCCAUUGAAAAAGAAGAACAUGAAACUAUCGAAUUUCGAGAUAAUCUUGAGAAAACGCGCAAAGGAUUUUGGACUUAAACAGCAUAAUUUCGACGAAAUGAGCACUGCAACGGAGAAAAAUAAAGUGAUAUUCACUACAAGACAAACUUCAGUGGGAAAAUAUAAGCCUGAAAUAGGUGCUGUUAGGACCAAGUACGUGAAAAUCGUUCGACCAGUUAAGAACACAGAGUUUGCAAUAGAAACGUAAUAUUUAUUAUACAUCAGGAGCAAAUUAUUGUUUGUAAUGUUAUGUAGCUCAGAUUCGAGCGUGGGCACCCUAAUAUUUCAAUUGUACCUAUCUGCCUAUUAUAGUUGUGACUAAGCCUUCGUUAUAGAUGGUUACUUUUUAACCCCCGACACAAAAUGAGGGGUGUUAUAAGUUUGACGUGUGUAUCUGUGUAUCUGCUUAUCUGUGUAUCUGUGUAUCUCUGUGGCA